AUGGCCUCAGUACACUACUACAAUGGAACCGUCGUUGAAGUAGCCCAUGUCCGGGGAAAUCCCGAAUACCUCGAGCUUAUGAAGCGACUUGCACGAGAUUCCAGGCUAUCGUACGGUAGAACCAAGAAGUCUCGUUAUGAAACCAUUCUUUCCCACUUCUCUCUGUCUGAUACGACUGCAUGGGGCGCUUGGUGGCGUUGGCUUAACAAGAAACUCGGUUCCCCGAUCAAAGCGCACAACGAUGUUGAAAUCAUCAGCGAGUUACUCCAAGUACUCCAAAUCUCUACCCAAGUAUCUCAAGCGCUUGAUAGAGUUGCAGUUACAACUCCUGAUCUCAGCUCCAUCAGUUCAAUAAUCAACGCUGCACUCGAGGACUUGGAUCUGCGCACAUGGGUAGGCGACAGUGACUUUUACCCCAGGAGCUUGGCGGAGGCCAAUGCUGUCUUUGCAGCCAACGGAUAUGGUCUAUGCAUAAGCUAUCAGGAUCUGUGGGAUUGCGAACUAGGUUUUUGCCCACCGUCCUUUUCCCAAGUUUUUACUAUCUUCUACAGUCGGCAUCUUCUGUACACCAGCAUCAUGAUAAGUGGGCAGGCUUUAGCUCGAUGGACUUAUGAUGACGCACAACUUCUGAAUUUUGAUCUGGGGCUAGAUAACCUUCUCCAGACAAAAGGGUCCCAGGACUCACUAUGGCCCCGCCUCCGUUCGCAAAUUAUUGGUCCUUCCUCGAACUUACUCGCGUUCUAUUACACACAUUUUUCUGGCCGGGGAGAGUGUAACCCACCCACUCUUUCUAGCUACUUUUAA